CUUUCAGCUUUGCGGACAGCGAAGAAAUCAGGGGGAUAUAUUCCCGUCAGGUAUCGGUUUUCAACCUUCCCUUCGUCGUUCAUCGGUCCCUUUUCGUUCAUUGUCCCUGUUGUUCUUCAGCAUCAAUCCAACCUUUACAUCAACCAUGUCCGGAAAAUAAGAUCCCAUCGCAGCGAUGACCGAGUCGCCUCCAAGCUACCAAGCAGCAUCCGGGACUCCCCAAUUCUCCGCAGAAAAGAAUGGAAUGCAAUACACGAGCGACCCUUCGCCGGCAACGCGAGAAGUCCACAGCGGCGGCCAGCACAGCAAGUACAGCCAACAGCCACAAGGCCAGCACAGCAAGUACAGCAGCGCCACCCCGAUCCACACCCUCGGCAUGUCGAGCGUGCCUGUUGAUUGUCCAGGCUGCGGGCACCGCGCGCUGACGCAAACCGAUUUCCAAGCGGGGAAAACGACGCAUGCAUGGGCCGUCGGACUCUGCUGCCUUACGGGUGUUUGCUGUUGGAUUCCGUAUGUUAUGAACGGCAUGAAGGAUGUGCAGCACCGGUGCGGGAGUUGCGGGAUGCUGCUGGCUACGUGGCAUAAGAGCGGGCACGUGGAGGUGCAUGCGCAUGCUUGAGCGCGCUGUUGGCCGGGCUCAAGGUUUCAGAUUGUGUGAAUAAUGGGGGGGUGUCAAGUCGUUGUUGUGGUGUUCUCUGGUCGAUUGAAAGAGAAGGUGAGAAUGCCUCGACUCGAUUAUCAGGUAGUCAGCAUCGUU